UACGAGAGGGGGCAUCCCUGACGGACCGAACGUGCAAUGUCGAAAGGUCUCGAUAGAUGUCCAUUCAUGCGAAUUACCGAACGGAUGCCUCUGUACAAAGCAGCCAUCCAGUCGCGGAAAACGGUACCGAAGCCGGCCGCUGUGAGGACAGCUUCCAUGUAUCGAUGGUCUACUCUAUCGAAAGCUUUCGAUUGAUCCAAAUUGAUCAGGGCCCCACCCAUGCCAGGUUCCUUGACUACCCUGUCUAUGAUGUAGCGCCUCAUAGAUAGACAGACAGACAGACAGACAGGCAGGCAGGCAGGUAGGCAGGCAGACAGAAAGAUAGAUAGACCUACGUCGCUUGAAGCUCUUCUUGGCAUCAAUUGGUUAAGAGUUAUCUCCCCUUCAUUGAAACUGAUUUCUUCAUUGAAAACGAAAGCGGGACGUCCCGCGGUCAAUCGGCGUCGAUCAUUCAAAUAUAUUUAAAGAUAUUUAAAUAUAUUUAAAUAUAUGUAAACCUCAAAACGGCCCAGAGCGACAUUUUGUUAAUUAAUCAUGCUCUUAAUUAACUUAUUAAGUAAAAUACCUCGACAUUUCGCUUUCGAUCGAUCUUUUAUCAGGCAGAAUGUCACCUUAGGUUUAACAAGGAAAGCUUCUCUGAGGUUUGUUUCUGGAAAAACAGUUAAAAAAAUAACCAACCAUAAGGAAUUAGUUUGGCAUUUCAGCAAAGCAAUUCGAAAGCCACGAAUAUUCACAUUUACAAAUAAACCCAGCACUUUGUCUAGACCUUUAUUCAAUUUUCAAACCCUUCAGCUCUCAGCAGUCGGACUAAGCUCUUUGUACAUGUGUAAAAACCUCGUCCUAGAUGCGAAUUGCGAUCCUUGCAGAGUUGUCGAGCAGGCUGUUGAAGAGUAUGAAACUGGAAGAUUCUGUUUUGACUGGGAGGGCUUCGUUGCUUUGAUUUUGCCGGACGGUCUGACCAUUCUUGGAGCCAUAGCAUGUGCUAUUGUUGUUGCGAUAUUAAAUAUCCAAAUCCCUUUAGUUCUUGGCGACCUCGUAAAUGGAAUAUCAAACAUCGGAAGAGAAAAUGUGAAAUCAUUUGGCCAACUGGUCAAGGAGCCAGCACGAGAACUUAUAUGUUGCUAUAUUCUGCAGGGAAUUUCUACAGCUUUCUUCAUUUCCCUGCUCAGUAAAGUUGGAGAAAAUGUAGCUGCUAGAUUGCGAAUGAAGUUAUUCAACGCAUUAGUAUCACAAGACAUGGAAUUUUUUGACAGACAUAGCACAGGAGAAUUAAUUAACAGACUUACAUCAGAUGUCCAGGAGUUUAAAAGUUCCUUCAAAGCUUGUAUAUCCCAGGGAUUAAAGUCCUUCACGCAGACAGCAGGCUGUAUUGGUACUCUAUUCGUACUCUCACCAAAACUCACCUGCUUCUUACUUGGUGUUGUACCAACCCUGAUAGGUGUCGGUUCUUUAAUUGGUUCAUUUCUGAGAAUUCUAUCUCGCCAAGCACAAGCUCAGUCCGAGAAAGCUACAGCAGUAGCGAGUGAAGCAAUUGGAAAUAUGAGGACUGUACGAGCUUUUUCGAUGGAGAAAAGUGAAGCAGCCCUCUAUAAUAGAGAAAUUGAAAAAAGUAAAACCCUUACUUUGCGCCUUGGUAAUGGCAUCGCAAUAUUCCAAGGACUGAGUAAUAUAGCUCUAAAUGGUGUUGUGUUUGGCAUCUUGUUAGCUGGAGGUCACAUGCUGUCUCACAAUGAACUCAGCGCUGGAAACCUGAUGUCUUUCCUCGUUGCUACUCAAACGAUAGAAAGGUCACUCGCACACAUGUCAUUGCUCUUCGGACAAGCAAUUCGAGGAAUGAGUGCUCAAGCGAGAAUCUUCGAGUUUAUUAAUUCCAAACCCUCUAUUCCCAUUAUUGGAGGGGUUGUUAUCCCUACAAAGGAUUUGGUUGGUGAAGUGACUUUUGAAAAUGUUGAUUUUUCAUAUCCAACUCGAAGGAAAGAAGCUGUGCUCAAGAACAUGUCCCUGAACAUCCCGAACGGCAAAGUUGUGGCCCUUGUUGGCCACUCCGGAAGUGGUAUGUCCUAAAUUUCCUUCAUUAUAUUCUCAGCUUCAAGCUUAAACAAGUUUCUUGAAACAGAUGUAGGUACAUAUUUUCAUACGAAAAUCUGUGUAAUUUAA